AGCGCAUCAAAAGAUGAACAUGCCUUGCGAUCAUCUUCACAGCGACAGCAGGAGCAGCGCGGCAGUUAUAUCUCGACGAGAAAGAUGAACACGAUCGUGCAGCCGUGGUCAUCUAGUAUGUCCUCUAAUAUGAGCGGCAAACGACCGCAGCGCCACUUCUUCGUUUGCGUACCGGGCGGCCUGAUCCAAACGAGACACGAACACUACGACACCUUUACGAAGGGGUUGGCAUUUGUAAAAAGUGGAAGACGAGAUCGAGAACACACAGUCCGGAAUUCAUCUGCCACUACAGUUCAACAGUAUCAUAACGGAGAUAAUUCUUGUCCAGACAGCAUUUUGCUUCUCCGGUACGAAACGCAACAGAUGUACCGCAUGCACCAGGAGCUCGAGUAUCGGUCCGAAGACUUCUACGCGAUUAGCAAUCGGUUUUUCUACCUGCAGGUGCUCACUUCCUUGCUGAAUCCGCCAAAUUUGGCGUACCUGGGGGUGCAGCGGGUGCAGGAGAUGCUGAACGACGUCUAUGUACUGCAAAAGCAUCGCACUAGUAUAACUCGCAAUGCAAAUUGGCUCAGCAUUACAAAUUGAAUUUGUAAUGCGGAUUUACCUAACCAACUAGAUUUGUAAUGCAUAGCUGCGAUUUUUACUACGAGUGCGAUACUUUUGCACUGGAUAACGUCGAACAGAUCUCGAUUCACCGGUUCAAACAGGUCGGGGUCGAGUAUGGCGUUCUCAAAUGUUACAUUCUCAACUGUUACAUGAUUUGUAAUGCAAAAUCAUAAUCAGAAUCGACACGAUCAAGCUGCUUCGCAUGACAAAUUCGCGAAGAGCCAAACAGGCCGAAGAUCUUUGCUAGAUCUGUCAUGCAAGACGCGCAAGCUGACCCCUUUCACUUUUGCCAUUCUUGCAUCACAAACCCAUGUAACAGUUGAGAAUGUAACAGUUGAGAACGCCAUAUCGAGCUCGGGAGGUUUCUCUUCCAGAUGACCGUCGCACAAGCCCAAGCAGAUCACGAAAUGGAGGAUCAUCUUCUUGCGGGAGGAUCGGCGUCGACGAGGCAGACGGAAAGACAACGUCAAACGGAUCGGACGAAAAUAAAUCUGGAAGGUGCACCAGCCGACGAAGAUGAGUUUGACCACACUGACUCACAUUCAUCUCCUUCUCCUGGUGGGCACCGUGGUGGUCUACUUGAAGCGGGAGAGGAAAUAAAUGGUGGACGUAGUGCCAACAACAACGGUAGAAGUACUAAGAACGCAGCGCUCGCUCUCGUUACAACAUCAUCCCGGAGCAAGAAGUUCUCCCUGAUCUCCUACUCUUUCGGUUGCAAGGUCGUGCUGACGGCGCUGCUGGAACUCCAUAUGCUGAUGAAGCAGCACAACGACCGCAUAGAACAAGAAGGCGAGGUAGAAGAUGAGAACUUGUUCGGACGAGAUCUUCCAGAUUGUGCCCGUAGUUCGUCCUCUGCUCGUGGUGCUGCGCAACAAGGUCGUCGUCCUCGUCCCCCUCCCAAGUUGACGAGUGUGAUCGAGAACGUGGUUUUCAUGGGGGCCCACGUGCGCCUGCUGGACGUGUUUUUCCUGCAUUUGGACAGCGCAAAGAAAACCUCAAGUACUUCUGCUGGUGCAGCUGGGUCGUCCGCGGCGGGAGGUCGACGUGGCGGCGGGAGUACCACGAGUAGGAGUUCUACUGUUGCAAGUAGAAAGACGACCGCCCCCACUUCUGGAUCAUCGUCCUCCGCUUCUGCGCCGCCGGCUGUAUCCUCACUGGGUAGAAGUACUGGUGCGCGACAAGUUCUUGUAGACGAGCAUGAUGCAGCAUCUCUACAAGAGGGCGCACCAGUGAAGACGAGGACAACUACUUCUGGGUUGCAGGAUGAAAAUCAGGAGCAGAAGCCCAACCGCGGACGAUUGGGAGCAAGCGCCCCUCGACACGCGGCUGCGCGGGCGAUCGAACUGGGAGCCGACAUUGAGGAGGAAGUGAUCCAAGAUCUGCAGCACGAAAGUCAGUAUGCACGAAAAAAUGCAAAAGUAGCAUAUCGAAUGAAUUUGCAAUUGAAACGCGUUCACUCCGCAAGAUGCAUACAACGGAAAUGCAUAAAAGACAAAUGAAAGAAAUACAAAAUUUCUAUAUGGAGCCACGAAAGACCUCAGGCUCACGCGGAGCCCGAGGUUGAGAAAGGACAGCGUUCCAGUUCGUUGUCAAUAUGUUUUUCGUUUUAGAAUUUCAAUGAAGGUCUUGUCUUCAAGUACAAGUUCUCCCUCUACGGUCCUGCUGUGCCAUUCGCUUUCGGUUAUUGUACCUACUUUUGCACCACUCCAUAGUUCGAAUUUUCAGAAAAAGGCCGCGCUGCAGAAAUGGUACGAAGUCAAGAGGCAUCUGAUCACCGGGCGGUUUCUGAAUUUCUACAGUCUCCGGGACCAGCUGCUGUACGACUCCGAGGCCGUGUAUGCACUUACAAAUUUGAUUGUUGCCCAUAGUACACGUACGAAUUAUGCUGAGCCCGUCCUUGCAUGACAAAGACGAUCACCAGUACUUCUGCAUUUUUGUGUUUUGUAAGUGCUUUUUCAAGAAGAUGAAGAAGAUCAUAAGAACAGCAACGGUUCUUGUCAAGAAAGUGAGGCCGCACAAGCAGAAUUCUGUACAUGUUCGGGUAGAAUAUAAGUCGAUUUGUAUUUUUGCAUACCUUGGCGGGGAACUUUUUUAUCGGUAGGGAGGGUCUUUACAAGGUUCCGGGCGUGGAAAAUUUUGACAUCACCAGCCGGCUGCCACGGCACAGUUGCUACCACACCUUUUUGUGCCGGGAACUACUUGAGGAAAUGGACCUUUGAAGUAGGUAAGAGUGCCUGCAGGUUGUACGACGAAAAAAAGUUGUUCUACAUACGUUAUGCUCGAACAUAAGUUUUGAUUAUACCGCUGGCCUCAUCGUCUAAGAUGAACUCCGUCGAACUCGAAGGAGCAAGAUGGUGAUCAUGAUUUUACAACUACAGAUAAUUCCAAGAACUCUGCCAAAAAUGGAUGCUCCUUCUGCCUUUUCUGAUGGAGGGAAGAGCAUCGGAAUACAGGACCUUCACCAAGAUGGUCAAGAUCAAAAAUAUUUUGCAGAGCUUUAUUUGUUUUGCUGUAAAUCUUUUAAAAAAUUAAAGACGUUUGCUCACGAUUAAUGUUUCUGUUUCUAAUAAUUUUGGAUAUCGUGGUGCGCCGUAGUAGGAUUCUGAAUUUUCGCACCACUAAUAUCAUCUGAUACUACGGGCAGGAGGAGGAGGAUGACCUAGUAUCUCCGUUUCGCACUUCUCCAACACUUCUUUUUCUGACGUAAGUGGAUAUAAUUGGCUCCCCUUACCUUUCUUCUGAGGUUUGGCUACAAAGAAACACGAAUCCUUUGAAAGAAAUCAAACUCGGGAGAAGUAGAACCCCGAAAAGGAAAAUGCUACGUGAAGAUUUAUUUUCCUCGUGGGGAAAGAGUAU